AUGCGCUUGCCCGGCGUCGAGUCCGUGGCCAAAGCCAUGAGGCCGGCGUUGCCCUCGCCCAAAAUCCUGCGAGAAACGGGAAUCCCGGUGGUCUCGGUGUUCCCGGCGGAACCCCCAUCCCCAGGAGAACCCACCACGCUGGUGUGCCUGGUGGAGAACAUCUUCCCGCCGGCGCUGGACGUUGGCUGGACGGUGGCCGGAGCCGCGGUCACUCGCGGGGUCACUCUGGGUCCCUUCGUCCCCGCGGGCGACCUCACCUUCGCGCGCUUCUCCCGCAUCGCCGUGCGCCCGGCGCCCGGCGCCGUCCACGCCUGCGAGGUCACCGCGCCGCGCCGCAACGCCACCGCCGUGGCCUACUGGGUGGCUCCGGACACGGCGCUGGACGAGCAGCUGGACACGGCGCUGGCCGGAGCCGCGCUGGCCUUGGGCCUCGUCCUGGCCCUGCUGGGGGCCGGCCUGGCCCUGCUGGCCCGCGGGGACCGCACCGGCUGAGCUCAUCCCCGUGGGAAUCUGGGAGUUAAUUCCCGCCUGUCCUAAAUAAACCCAGGCUUUGGCAGA